UAGGCGCUUGGUGUGCAUGUGUUUGCAGCGAUGGAUGGCCAUUCGGAUGAACGCGACCGGUUUCGUUUUAUGGAGUAAUUUAUUAAGAAGUUGCAUUUCGGUUGUUUCCACAAAAGCCUUCCGCAAAUUGGAUCUGCAUUUCCGCGACCGGCGACAAUGUUUUAAGAUGAGCCCUAAGUAUUUUAACCGCGAUGCCAGUCUUCCUUCAGAAAAAAAAGUCAAGCGCCAGGGAAAUGCUCCCGGAACCGGGCGUCUUCCACUUUCCCUGGGAAAUCAGUUCGGUCCAAGAAGGAGCUGCAGUGAGAACAUAUGGCAGAUUGCUGUCCUACCAGCCUGAAGCUUCUGAAGCCGUCCUGUCCUCACAGCACUUAUCAGUCCAAUAUGACAUAACUGUCCACACAGCCUUUGUGGAGCCUUUCCUGCCCUUACUACACUCCCACUACAUAGUGUUGGGUGAUGUUGAGAGGACAGAGGGAGAUGGCGUGAUGGUGCGUGCACGUGUGCUGAACUGCGUGGAUGGUAUAAACCUCGCCCUGCUGCAGCAGGCCAUCAUGGAGCAGAGGCACUAUCUUCAGGAGCGAGAUGGUGAAGCUCCUGUGCAACCGACUGCAGAGUGAUAAUCCUCAAUGUGUGGCUUCCUCUAUAAGUGAAAGGUGACUUGGAGCCAGUUUUCGCUGGAAAAGCAUCAAGGCAAAGAAAAGGUUCUUAUACUAUUAAAGUAAUAAUAAUAUGGUUAUGAUUUUGGGUGUAAAAGUUGUUGUUUUUUUUCUUUUGGAUAAGUUUCUUUGGAUGUUGAAUGUCCUCUUUUUUUAUUUAUAAUCAAGUUUCUCUCCCACUGUUUUGAAAGUUAUAACUCAGUUAUUUAAAUGAUUUUGAGUGGACUUACUGAACAUAAAAAAGUUGUUUUCAUGAUUGAAACUUGCUGUAUAGUACUUGUACAACUGCAUUGUCAUCAUGAAUGACAUUUUAAAAUUCUGUAAUAAAUAUUUCGAUUUCUCAGGA